AUGUCUGGUGUCGAGAUUCUGCCGCUCGAGAUUAUCGACAAGACGGUCGGCCAGCCCGUGUGGGUGAUGCUGACGUCGCACCGCGAAUUCGCGGGAACGCUUGUCGGGUUUGACGACUUUGUCAAUGUGGUCCUGGAGGACGUGGUCGAGUACGACCGCGACAGCGAGGUCAAACGGCACGCGGGCAAGAUGCUGCUGAGCGGCAACAAUAUCGCGCUGCUGGUGCCCGGGGGCAAGCCCGAUGCUCAGUGA